CCACAUCUCCAAAGCAAAGUUCUCCAAGAUCAAAUGGGCCUACCCCAUUUGCUUUCUUGACAGAGGAAGUCCCCAUUGGAAGGAAAAAGGGAAAGGUAAAAGAAAGCAGCAAAGGGAUUGAGAAGGAAAAAGACUACACACAAAAGAAAAGAAAAGCCAGCACAUAGCAUUUACAAAAGAAGAAGAUAUGGAGGAGAUGAUGAUGAGGACCAGUUCUGCUACUAGUAGCCCAGAAACUAGCAGAAAUGAAACCAUUAAUUCUAUAGAGCCCAUCACCACCUCCACUUGCCCAAGCUGGAAACUUUACGAAAACCCAUUUUAUAAUUCUCAUCUCCGCCAUCAAAAUCAACCCCAACAACAACAACAACAACAGCAAUGCCAAAGUAGCAGCAGCAACAAGCAACAAGUUCAUCAUUGCCUGCACCUCCCUAUCUCUGCUCGCAAGCUUGCUGCUACUUUCUGGGAUCUAACGUUCUUCAAGCCAGUCAUGGAGUCUGAGAUAGAUUACACACGAGCCCAGAUCAUAGAAUUGAAAGCUGAGCUCGAAUAUGAACGCAAGGCACGAAAGAAGUUGGAGUCUUCAAACAAGAGGCUGGCCAAAGAGUUAGGUGAAGAGAGAAGGGGAAGAAAAGCGAUUGAGAGGGUGUGUGAAGAGCUUGCCAGUGAGAUUUCAUUUGGGAAAUCAGAGAUUAGUAGGAUGAAGAAAGAGAUAGAGGAGGAGAGAAAGAUGCUUAGAAUGGCUGAGGUGCUGAGAGAAGAGAGAGUUCAGAUGAAGCUCGCCGAGGCGAGGAUUCUAUUUGAAGAGAAGCUGUUUGAGUUGGAGGGUUGUAAACAAAUGCAGAGCACUGAGAAUUCACAUUUCAAGAUCAAAGACAAGAGUGAGGAUGUUAAUGCUGCAAUUUUUUCAGGAAAGUCAGCUAGCAAUGAUAAAAACAUUGGUGUUGAUUGUUCAAGAGACUCAAUGAGUUUGGUGGUUUUGGGUGAAAAGUCUUCUGCUUUUUCAGGUGAUCAUAAUAAUGACUAUGUUUCCAGUGUGUCUGCUACAACUUCAAGGUCAGUGCUUUUGGGUGAGAAGGCAGCUUGCAGUGACAACAGCGGUGGUUUUUCAUCAAUAGCAAUUCAGAAAAGAGCCUCACCAGAACCAGAAAAUCCUCACAUAAAGAGAGGGAUCAAAGGGUUUGUUGAAUUCCCAAGAGUGGUCAGACCAAUUGGAUCCAAAAGCAGGCAUUGGGGUACAAAGCUGGAAUGUCAAAAGGCUCAGCUCAGAAUUCUGCUGAAGCAAAAGAGCCCCAUCAGAUCCAAUAGUUUCAUUAUUAGUUGAAGAUCAAGUAGUUCCUAGGAUCUGUUCAAAUUCUCUGUGUUUCUUAAUCAUUUUGUUCUUUCUUAAUCUAUAGUAUUUUCUAUAUCCAUUGCUUAUGUGGAUUGUUGAAAGAGGUAUGAUUUUGUGCUCAUGUGGAUUUUAAUGUAUGAAACCGGAAAAAAGUAUUGAUUUGGAUCUGAUC